AUGGCAAACACAGAAUGGGGAAAUCAAACGGCCAUCACAGAAUUCAUCCUACUGGAAUUCAGGGAUCUCCCUAAGUUACAGACUCUUCUCUUCUUGCUGUUCCUAGUGAUCUACACUGCGACCAUGGCUGGGAACAUCCUCAUCGUUGCACUAGUUGUGACUGAUCAGCAGCUCCAUCCCCCCAUGUACUUCUUCCUGGGGAACUUGUCCUGCUUGGAGACCUGCUAUGCCUCGACCAUCCUGCCCAGGAUGCUGGCCAGUCUCUGCACUGCAUUGUUAAAACUCUCUUGCAGUGACACGUAUUUGGUGGAACUUAUGGCUUUCAUUAUUGCUUCCGUAGAUACCUCCCCCCCAUUUCUCUUAAGCCUAGCAUCCUACAGCUUUACUGUGGCCACUAUCCUGAGAAUUCCAAUCACCACUGGAAAGCAAAAAGCAUUUUCCACCUGCUCCUCUCACCUCAUUGUGGUGACCAUCUUCUAUGGGACCCUGAUUCUUGUUUAUCUGUUAUCAAAAACCCACACACUGAGAGACCUGAAUAAACUGUUCUCUCUCUUCUACACUGUCCUGACUCCUCUGGCCAAUCCACUCAUCUACAGCCUGAGAAACAAGGAAGUUAGCAAGGCCUUAAGCAAAGAAGUGGGUCCAAACAUGGGCAGUUAG